UUCUUCGUCCCACCACUUGCCACUCCACCCAUAAUAUUAGCCAUAACCAUACAUAAAUUAACCACCAUUUUGCUUUGAUUCACACUGCAUUUUAUGUAUUCUCCUAGCCCUAGGUCGGAGACAAUUUGAAAGUGAAUGAUUCAAUAGUGAAACAGAAGGCCUCGCUCAACGAGUUGAACAAUUUGCAAAUUAAGAUCACAAGAUCAUAGCCGGAGCAAGUGCGUUCAUUAUUUUCAUCUCGAGAUCAUACCUUUAAAGUUUUGAAUUGAGUCUCUCUAACAGUUAGUUAAUGUCAACUCCAAGUUCUCCCCUCCCUUCCAAUACUUCCCCUACCUCCAACACCAACCACCAUCGUCGCCGCGGCAUCUCACUUCCACCAUGGAAAGGUGCAAAACCAAUACCACUAGCUAUAUCCAUAUCAAUAGGCAUACUCUUUCGCUUCGCCAUUCCAAAACCCCACCAACUUUCCACUAAAGCAUGGCAACUCUUAGCCAUUUUCCUUACAACUAUCUCUGGUCUAAUCCUCGGCCCAUUGCCAGUGGGCGCGUGGGCUUUCCUUUGCCUCACGCUUACUGUCGUCACGAAAACCUUAACAUUCGCUGCAGCAUUUGCUGCAUUCACCAAUGAAGUCAUUUGGUUAAUUGUUGCAUCAUUUUUUUUCUCAAGAGGGUUUAUUAAAACUGGACUUGGUGAUAGAGUUGCUUUGUGUUUUGUGAGUUGGCUUGGGAAAAAUACUUUGGGUUUGUCUUAUGGUUUGGCUUUGAGUGAGGCGGCAAUAUCUCCGGCUAUUCCAAGUACAACUGCAAGGGCAGGUGGGAUUUUCUUGCCCAUUAUUAAGUCAUUGGCUGUCACUGCUGAUAGUCACCCAAAGGAUGAUUCUGCUAAGAAACUUGGUGCUUAUCUUGUUCAAUCUCAGUUGCAGUCUUCAAGUAGCUCAAGUGCACUGUUCCUAACAGCUGCUGCACAAAACCUAUUGUGUGUGAAAUUAGCAGAGGGGUUAGGAGUAAAAAUAUCAAGUAAAUGGCUCACUUGGUUCAAGGUUUCAUGUAUACCAGCACUUGUAUCUCUUCUAGUUACUCCAGUUAUUCUAUACAAGAUAUUCCCUCCAGAAAUGAAGGAUACACCAGAUGCUCCAUUAAUGGCUAGAAGGAGGCUGGAUCAGAUGGGUCCUAUCAAAAGUGAUCAGUGGGUGAUGAUGAUAGUCAUGCUUGUAACCGUAGCAUUAUGGAUUUCUGGGGAGGCUCUUGGACUAGCAAGUGUUAUCACAGCAAUGUUGGGUUUAUCACUACUUUUGGCAUUUGGAAUACUUGAUUGGGAUGAUUGCUUAAGUGAAAAAUCAGCAUGGGAUACCUUAGCUUGGUUUGGUGUAUUAAUAGGGAUGGCAACCCAAUUAACUACUCUGGGAGUUGUUGCCUGGAUGUCAAAUGCUGUGGCUAACUUCCUCAAAUCUCUUUCACUACAUUGGUUUGGGGCAUUUUGUGUCCUUCAAGCUGCAUAUUUCUUUAUUCACUACUUGUUUGCUAGUCAAACUGCUCAUGUUGCAGCUUUGUACUCUGCAUUUCUUGGAAUGUGUUUGGCAUCAAAAGUUCCUGCUCUAUUUGCUGCUUUGGCUUUGGGAUACAAUACAAAUCUUUUUGGUGCAUUGACACAUUACAGCAGUGGUCAAGCUGCAGUAUACUAUGGAGCUGGUUAUGUGGAACUACGUGAUGUCUUCAAAUUGGGCAUUAUAUUUGCUCUUAUUAAUAUUGUCAUAUGGGGAUUAGUAGGAGCUGGUUGGUGGAAGAUUCUUGGCCUUUACUAAGACUAAAAUAUGCAUUUUCUGGUGUAAGAACUUUAGGACAAGCUGCAUUUCUAACUGAAGUCAGUUUGAUUGGCACAAGAGGCUCUAAUAUUUUCUUGAAGGGAGGGAACUUUAACUCAUGCCCUUGCUUCAAACCUCUGCUUAAUGGAUUUAAUAGAUGAUGACAUUUCUUCAGUUGGUGUAUUCUCAAUUAAAACAUGAGAGAAGAAAAAUAUCAGAUUGGCAGGUACUGGAGCAGACAAUCUUCUCUGCUGGCCUGCUGAAACCAGUAGAUAAUGGUUGUUCAGUUUUUUCAUGAAUUACUGGCCUUAUUUGGGGGUGGUUUAGAGGCAAGAGUUUGUUUAAUGUUGCCACUUAGAAGGACAAACAAGAUCAACAUUCAUGUUAAUAUCAAGAAAGGACAGCCAAGUGCACGAGUAAAAAUUGCACGGGGCCCCCUAUUUGGGCGCCCCUUUUUA